AUGUCAAUAGACAGCAAGCGUAUGAUGGAAGCAGCUAGCUUCAGCAGUUCGGCAAGCUACGGGCCCGUGCGCGUUGAGACGCUGUCGGUGCGACGCGGCGGGCGGCGCGGCUGCGGGCGCGGCGCCGGUCGCGGCGGCUGGCGCGGCGCGCGAGUAGCGCACGGCAGGACCGCGGCGUCGCCUUGUCCACGUUGUGCUGCUCAGUGUACUGAUGUACACGGCGUAGUACUGAUAAACUUCAUGUCCAGCUAUUUCGGUGAAAUGCUAUGUGUGCGGUAA